AUGUUUUGUGACAGGAAGAGAAAGGAUGGUCCAGCCAGUGAUCUUGUGCAUCUUGUUUCCCCUCCAAGGACAAUGGCCAGGCUCUGCUUCUUGCUGUUCCUCUCCAUUGCCACCAGAGGGUGCAGUGCAGCAGCAACCCAUCUUCCUGAGAUGUUCCAGAACAAAUUCUGUUCUUCUUCCCUUCAUUUCCUGCCUAGAAGCUGCAACGAAAUCAAAGAAAGAUGCCCUAGAGCAGAUGAUGGCCUGUAUUUUCUCAGCACUGAGAAUGGUGUCAUCUACCAGACCUUCUGUGACAUGACCUCUGGGGGUGGUGGCUGGACCCUGGUGGCCAGCGUGCACGAGAACGACAUGUAUGGGAAAUGCACAGUGGGUGAUCGCUGGUCCAGUCAGCAGGGCAGCAAAGCAGAGUACCCAGAGGGAGAUGGCAACUGGGCCAAUUACAACACUUUUGGGUCUGCAGAGGCGGCCACGAGUGAUGACUACAAGAACCCCGGAUACUAUGACAUCCAGGCACAGGACCUGGGCAUCUGGCAUGUGCCCAACAAGUCCCCACUGAAGCUUUGGAGGAAUUGCUCCCUGCUGAGGUAUCGCACAGACAACGGCUUCUUCCGGAGUGUGGGGCAUAAUCUGUUUGGCCUCUACCAGAAAUACCCAGUAAAAUACGGAUCAGGAAAGUGUUGGACUGACAACGGCCCGGUGAUACCUGUGGUCUAUGACUUUGGUGAUGCUCAGAAAACAGCAUCUUAUUACUCACCACUUGGUCAGGGAGAAUUUGUCGCAGGAUUUGUCCAGUUCAGGGUGUUUAAUAAUGAGAGAGCAGCCAACGCCCUGUGUGCCGGGGUCAGAGUCACUGGCUGCAACACCGAGCUUCACUGCAUUGGAGGAGGAGGAUUCUUUCCAGAGGGCUCACCCAGGCAGUGCGGGGAUUUCUCUGCCUUUGACUGGAGUGGAUAUGGAACUCACAGCGGCUACAGCAGCAGCCGGGAAAUAACCGAGGCAGCUGUGCUCCUGUUCUACCGUUGAGAGCUCUGUGGCGUGGGUCCACAACUGGCUCCCAAUCCUGGUUACUGGAAGACAGAAAACCUCGAAUGCUAACACAGAGGAGAGAAUAAUAAAUUACAUCAGUGAAUGAUUCUGGGUUUCUUUGAAUUAUUUUUAUAAGUUGGCUGAGGCCCUG